AUGAGCGAUUUCGAAACUAUUGAAACAGAAGGAGCUCAUGGAAUUAGCCUUCUUACAAAAAUAAUAAUAGGAGUUUCUGUAGCAGUUGGAAUCAUUGUCAUAAUCACUGUUUUAGCAGUUGUUUUGACUGAAAAGAAAAAAGAUUCCGAUGUGUCACCAACUCCAGUACCAACUCCAACCAUAUCACCAAACCCUUCACCAUCUCCAACACCAACGCCAGCUCCACAGCCUCCAUUUCAUUCAAUUGAGUACUAUGAAGAUUUGAUUGAAAAAAUUUCUCAGUUUUUAGUAAGUAUACAAGCUACAGAUGGUGCAAUACCUAAUCAUAAGAUUCAUAGUUAUCAAGCUGCCUUAGUAAAUGCAUAUUUCGCAUGUUUUGCAAUUAAUGGUUUACUUGAAACACAAAAUGCAAGCUAUUAUACCAAUAUAAAGCGUUACUUUGAUUGGCAUUUUGCCCAUUUGAACCAUGGUGUUGAAGGGUAUAUCGAUGGUACGAUAUUCUCAUAUAAAUAUCAAAGAUUAGCUGAUACAGAAGGUUACAACAUAACUUCUGAUGGCAUGGAUUCUGUAGAUUCAUAUGCCGCUAUGUUUAUCUACGAACUUCAAAAAUAUGCCGAGCAAACAUCCGAUUUUGAUUAUUUACUUGAACAUAGAUCUGAUAUCGAAUUAGUUUUGUCUGCUUUGACAGAUCCAUCUGUAUUUAAUGAAGGAAUGACAUAUGCAAAACCAGACUAUAAGAUUAAAUACGCAAUGGAUAAUAGUGAAUCUUUCAUGGGAUUGAAAGCAGGAGUUUGGAUUGCGAAAAAUGUUUUCAAAGAUGAUGCGAAAACACAAUUAUACGAGAAUUACAUGACUACUUUGAAUGAUACUUAUGAAAGAUCUCUUUGGAGAGAAGAGCCAAUAAAAGGAUACCUUUCUCAUGUUAAGGAGAAAGCUCUUAAUUUAUCAAUUUACUAUCCUGAUGCUGUUUGUCAAUUAUCUCCUAUUAUGGGAUUUCAGAUUGAUCCUUUAGGAGAAAGAGUUCAGUUCUUAAUGAAUAGAUUUGUUGAUGAGCAUCCUUGUUAUACUGAUCUUUCAUGUAGAAUUUUCCCUUGGGGACAUGUUGGUGUAGCUUUGGUUGAUGGAGGAUUUUAUGGCGUAGUUGAAAAAUGGAUAGAAGCAGUCAAAGAAAAAUAUAUUGAUACUGGCUUUAAGAGUAGUAAAUUUUAUUGUGCAGAAAUGGGACAUGCAAUUUACAUGUGUCGGAAACUAAUUAACGAGAUUAAAAGAAGAUCAAACUGA